AUGGCAGGCUCUUGCCUAGCUCAGGGUGACCUUGCUGCAUUUCUCGCCUCCCAAGGGGACCUCAGCACGCUGCUUGAGCUUGUCAGUCUUGUGGAUGGCCUUGCAGACACUCUCUCCUCGGCGUCCAACAUCACCAUCAUAGCGCCAACAAACCAAGCCUUUGCCAACGUGCCACGAGACGUCCCAGAAGGUGAGGCCAUUGAGCUACGGAACGAUACUAUCGCGAUUGGAGCCCUUCUUGCGAACCACGUCUUCCGAGGAGUUUACCCAUCAAAUGUCAUCACCAAUGUCCCCACAUUUGCACAGACCUUGCUCGACGAUUCAUACGUUACUGCUCGACAGCCAUUUUCCAACUUCACUGGCGGCGCAUACAAUGGCCUUGUGAGGAAUGGAGAUGAUCUAUGCGUUCUAUCUGGAGAGCUGACAGUCUCUACCGUCACCGAAGCGGUCGGUAUUUCCUUGAUCUACAUGUCAACUUACGUGAACUGA